GCUUCCUUUCUGGCUUGUUCUUAUCUGACAGUGCAGAGGGUGGAAGCAUGCCCGGGGUGCAGGUGAGGAACAUUUAGCCCUAGCAGGCCAAGGACUCCACAUCCCCUCCUCUUCUUCACUACCAGUUUACCACCCCACAGCCCCUCCACUGGGGCACUCAAUCCCCCCUCCCCCGCCAGGACCUCCCUGGGCCCUCCCACAGUCUCCCACCAAGCUUGGGAGUUCUUCAUAAGUAUCACCAGACCUGAGUUUGCAGUCUCAUUAGGCAGACUGUGAGAAAGUAGGUGGUGUUUGGGCAAGUGUGAUCUCCUUCAACCUGCAGCCUGGGAAACUGUAUCCAGCCACGCCGUACUGGGUAGCCAGAAGAUACACCAUGGUGAAAAUCGCUUUCAACAUACUCGCAGGGGUGCAAAAGGAGGAGGCGCAGCAAGACGUGGAGGCCCUCGUGAGCCGCACGCUCAGAGCACAGAUCCUGACGGGCAAGGGUCCACAUUUGCUGACUCCGUUUACUCUAUCAUUGAGUAUUAAUGCUGGUGAGGAAUAUAUUGACAAAUAUAACAGAGAGACUAGCAAGCCCUCCAGUUCUCACUGCCGGAGGAGAGGUACAGAGCUCCAAGUUGCCACCCAAGCAAAUGAGGGCACCUCUGGGAGAUGUAUGCUUACUCUCCUAGGCCUUUCAUUCAUCUUGGCAGGACUUACUGUUGGUGGAGCCUGCAUUUACAAAUACUUCAUGCCCAAGAACACCAUUUACCGUGGAGAAAUGUGUUUCUUUGUUGCUGUGGACCCUGUAAAUUCCUUUCGUGGAGGAGAGCCUUACUUCCUAUCUGUGACUGAGGAGGCUGACAUUCGGGAGGAUGACAACAUUGCAAUCAUUGAUGUGACUGUUCCCAGUUUCUCUGAUAGUGACCCUGCAGCUAUCAUUCAUGACUUCGAAAAGGGAAUGACUGCUUACCUAGACAUGCUCCUGGGGAACUGCUUUCUGAUGCCUCUGAAUACCUCCAUUGUUAUGCCUCCAAAGAAUCUGGUGGAACUCUUUAGCAAACUUGCAAGCAGAAAACACUUGCCUCAUACUUAUGUGGUUCAUGAAGACCUUGUUGCUGUUGAACAAAUUCGUGAUGUUAGUAAUCUAGGCAUCUUUAUUUAUCAACUUUGCAACAAAAGAAAAUCCUUCCGCCUUCGUCGCAGAGACCUCUUGCUAGGUUUCAACAAGCGUGCCAUUGAUAAGUGCUGGAAGAUUAGACACUUCCCCAAUGAAUUUAUUGUUGAGACCAAGAUCUGUCAAGAGUGAGAGACAACAAAUAAAGAGUAUCCUUGGUUAUAAGAAGUCAGAGAUUUACAAUAUAACUUCAGCUAUGGAAAAUGCAAAAAUUUACUAAUGCAUUUACUCUAUUGUUUAUAGUAGAAAAGAAAAUUACAAAAAUAUUAACCACUUCAAGCAAUUGCCAAAUUUUAGAUUAGCUGACAUUGCUUGUUAUUUGAAAUUAAAUACUCAUUAUCUUUUUUAACUUUAUAAAGUUUAGAGCUGUGAAAGCACAAUGAAUACAUCAGCUAACAUCCGGACAAUUCAGUCAACUAUACUUAUAUAAAACAAGCUCUUCAUGAAAUCCUAAGUCAAAGCAUGUUGAAAAUUUUAAAUAUUUAAAUUUAUUUUGAUAUUUUUAUGGAAAACAUGUAAAAUCUUUUAACAUUGUUGUUUUUCAUUUUGUAUGCCUUUCCUGAACUCAGAAAUUUCAUCUUUGCAUUUCUGUUAGGUGCUCUAUAAUGAAUUUGACUUAUAUGUGAUGAAUUUUCAGGAGGAAGUUAUUACUUAUGCAGUUACUCUUUCUCAUUGAUACCUGUAAUGUGAAAUACAUAAAGCUGUAUAGGUGGUGAGUGCUACAAGGAUUAAGGUUCCAUGAAUUCUAAAAUUCUAUAUUAAAUUUUAAUAUGUUCAA